UAUAACCCACCCUCCGUGAUUGUGUUUGAUUUCAUUUUUGGCGGUACACCGGACGCAUUCCGACUGGUGACUCAAGGUCAGUUAGUCGCCGUCGAGACAUCAUCGCGGGCGCACGCACUAUCUCUUUCCUCUUCAUUUCCCCAUCCGUCUGUGUGCAUCGUCAAGAGAAAAAAAUAAGACGGACGAUAAGUUUUGGAACAUGUUGCCACCUUACCGACCAAUAGCUUCUGCUUGUCCGCACUCUUGCUCUCGUUAUUGACCAAGGCAAACAAGAAAGCAGGAGAAAGUGAAAACGAGUUAGGCCUAACAAGGCCAGUAACAAAAAAUACCAAGAAAACAAAAAGGGGAAACAAACAAAAGUGUUGAGCAGGUUUUGUUCAAAAUCAAAGACAAUGGGUGAUCGAAGUGAAUCGUUAUGGGUCCAUCCGGCAGCCGUGUUGACGGACACGAUGCUGUCCUUGUGUCUCGUCGCUCCGAUGGUGGUAGGCUAUUGGCGUGGUACCUGGUUCCUCCUGGAUUUCUACCUCUACCCGGAUGAUAUGGCCAUCAGUUGCUGGAUCUCGUUGGUCGCUGGAUUUGGCAUUCUGCUGUUAUCCACUUGGUUUCAACGCUAUUUGCAGGAUUACGUCACUCGACAGGCAGCUUGGCUCUAUUUCUUGCUCUCCAGACUUUACACCGUCGUACUCUGUCUCGGUUGCGUGAAUCAUUGGCGCGGUGUUUGGGGAACGCUGGACGUUUACACGGGAAUCGGAUGGACAACGGCGUCCAUGUCUCUCGUCAUUGGCGUUACUGGCCUCAUUUGGCUCCACGCUUUCCGCAACAUCAUGGCACCACCACUGGUCAUCAUCGUCGACGAUCCCGAAGAAUAUUUCACCUUUCCCACCAUGUUUCGCACCCUCGAUUCUAAACAACGUCACUUAAUAGCCCUGGAUGGCCUGUUCAGCGUGACAGUGGUAGGUUCGUUGGUCGUCUUGGUCUGGCGAGGAGCCUUUCUUUUACUGGACCUAGUCAUGUUCCCCGAAGACGUAGAAUGGUCUGCCUGGGGAUCUACGAUUUUGGGCUAUUCGUCGUCAUUGUUCAGCUUCGCUCUGCAAGCGCCGUUGGCAGUUCUAUGUUCGCGGAUCACUGGCAUUUGGCGCAUCGUCGUCGUGGACGUGUCUACGGCUGUGGGUUACGUUGGAUCGGUCAACGUCUGGCGCGGAUUGUGGAACCUUUACGACAUCUAUUUAUUCCCAGAACACAAAGUAUGGAGCAAUUUGCUGACCCACGUAGCCGGACUCGCCAUUCUGAUCAUCUGUUAUUGCGCCCACUCCAUCCUCGUCCGUGGCGUUUACCUGGACGGCGAAGAACCCGGGGCUGACGCUGCUGCAUUGCCUUAUUACUACGUUAGAUAUUUCAUUCUGAAACGGCGGAGAGUUUUGGCAGGCCUGACUGUGGAGGUGGAAACAAGCGAACGGGAGGACGACCGAAAGCAGAAAGAUGGAAGGGUGGUCGAGAACGGCUGGUUGGCCGAAGAAGUCGUAGCGAUGAUUGACGAAUCUCCGGAUGAGAACGAUCAUCGGUGGAAAGCUUCUAACAAUGACAAAGAAUCUGCUAUUUAAAUUUGACCUUCUUAUCAUAGCAUUAUCAGUUGUGUAAAAUUUUGAGGUCCGUUGACAUUAAAACUCGUCGUUUGUUUUUUACUUCUAUUUUGGACUUUGUGGAGAUUGGCAACACGCUGUGUCUUAUUUCUUUCGUUUGACGUGUUGAUGUCUCUACCUUUCUCGCCCACACACUUCUUUGUUUCAGACAUUUUUGUUUGUUUGUUUAUUAUUUUAUUCUGUUUUGUCCCACUCCCGCCAUCCCUGGUUUGUAAUCGUUGUAAUACAAAUUCAACUUUGCAA